ACACUGGAAGGAGGGGCAAGUACUGCAGCAGCGCUACCUAUAACAAUGCAGGGAGACAUUCACAGCCUUUACCCGCCACUUUUCCUUUCCUCCCAGGCACUACGUGUCUAGAGGAGCAGGACCAUGGAACCACAGGGCUUAGAGACAAUUCUUUCCUCUCCCACGCGGCGGCCUUAGGCAGCUAGCGAAGUGCAGAUGAGGGCAGGCGAGAUGCAGAGCUGCCCAUCUCCCCCUGCCCGGAACCGCUAGCGCCGGGGCAGGGAGCGGGGCCAGGGGCAGCCGGGGGGCGCAGGAAGCCAGGAGCGGGGGGCAGCGGACAGGCCAUGGGGCCCGAGGAGCCGGGCGCGAAGGCCGGGACCCAGCAGCAGAGGCGGGGCAGCGGGAAGAUGGGCUCCGAGUUGGACCCAGAACCAGGUCCCGGCCCCGAACCGACCCUCCCCCCGCACCCGCACGACAACUUUGCCCUGUUUCUCAGCCGGCGUUUCGCCCGGCUCGGGGGGCUGGUCGGCGCCCACCCGUGGCCCUUCCUGCUGCUCUCGCUGCUGCUCUCGGGCGGGCUCGGCGCGGGCUUCCUCUUCUUGCCGCAGAGACAAGCCAAUGACAUCGAGGGGCAGUUCACGCCGCUCGGGGGGCCCGCCAAGAGCGAGCGGCGCUUUGCCCGGGAGCAUUUCCCGACCCGCGACUCCGAGCGCUUCUCCGGCCAGAGGCUGCUCACGGAGGGCGCCUUCGCCUCCCUCAUCGCGGUCUCCGCCUCCGGCAACAACCUCCUGACGGCGGGAGCCUUCGGGGAGCUCCUGCGGCUGGACGGGGCGGUGCAGCGCCUCGCUGUUCCCGGCGGGGACCCAGGCACCCAACUCUCCUACCCGGACCUGUGCGUCCGGAGCAACGGGUCCUGCAGCAGCCCCAACCCGCUCCUGGCGGCCGUGCAGGGCGAGCCGGCCCGGCUAGAGUCCCUCCUCCGGCAGCUCACCUACCCCGUGUUCGGGAGCCGCGUUUUCAUGGGCACCUUCUUAGGGGGCGUUCAGCUGGAUCGCGGAGCGGGCGCCUCCCGGGUGCAGGCGGCCAAAGCCCUGAGGCUGGUUUAUUACCUGCGAGAAGACGACGCCGCGGACCGAGAGAGGAGUUUGCAGUGGCUGGAAAACUUCCUCAAGCGCAUCCCGGCUGAGCUGGAGGCUUUAAAUCUCACCGCUGUCCAGGUGGCUUACUUUACCUCAGUAUCCAGACAGGAAGAGUUUGAAGGAAAUAUCAGGAAAGUGAUCCCCUUGUUUUCCAUAACGUACUUUCUAACUAUAACCUUUUCCAUUACUUCUUGUUUAAGGGUUGACUGUGUACGAAAUAAAGUAUGGGUUGCAGCAUUUGGAGUGCUGUCUUCUGGGUUAGCUGUGCUAAGCAGCUUUGGACUGUUGCUGUUCUGUGGGGUACCAUUUGUCGUGACUGUGGCAAAUGCACCAUUUCUUAUACUGGGGGUAGGUGUUGACGACAUGUUCAUUAUGAUCUCCUCCUGGCAACAGACGAAUCCUAAAAAUAAAGUUGAAAAGCGGAUGGCUGAAACUUAUGCAGAGGCAGCAGUGUCUAUCACAAUCACCACUCUCACUGAUGUUUUAGCCUUCUACAUAGGGAUCAUGACUUCCUUUCAGUCUGUGAAGUCCUUUUGUCUCUACACAGGAACUGCUUUCAUCUUCUGCUAUUUAUACAACAUCACAUUCUUUGGAGCUGUUCUUGCUUUAAAUGGUAGAAGGGAAGAAGGCAACAGACACUGGUUAAUUUUCACAAAAGUGAAGGACAUUGUUCAGCCUCACCGCUCCUGCUUGUACAACAUGUGCUGUGUAGGAGGCUUUUCUGAUAAAUCUUCUGGGAGAGAAGAUGAACAUCCAAUGAACAAAUUCUUUAGGAAAUAUUAUGGUCCUUUCCUUACAAAGAUCUGGACCAAAGUGUUUGUGGUGUUGCUGUAUGGAGGGUUCCUGGCUACUAGUAUUUAUGGGUGUACUCAGAUGAAGGAAGGUAUUGACCUGCGAAAUCUGGCUAGUGACGAUUCUUAUGUCAUUCGGUACUAUGACUGGGAAGAUGAAUAUUUCUCAGAGUACGGUCCUAGGAUUAUGGUCACUAUCACAGAAAAUGUACCUUAUUGGAAUCUAUCCAUUCGUAAUGACAUUGAGAACUGUAUGGAGUCUUUAGAAAAUAACUCCUACGUGGCCAAGAGUCUCUCAGAGUCAUGGCUACGAAUGUAUGAGAAUGUUGCUAGAAUUGGUUCACUGAAUAUAGAUACUAAGGCGUUUUUCAUGGGUAAUUUAUCUGAACUAUAUAAAUUAUUUCCAGAGUUUGAAUGGGACAUUGAUAUUCGCUAUAAGGAAAUAGCAGCCUCACGUUUUUUCAUUCAAACAGUGAACGUUACUACUGCAGUUGAUGAGAAAAACCUUUUACACCAAUUAAGAGACCUGGCCAAGGACUGUAAGAUCCCAUUAAUGGUAUAUCACCCAGCAUUUAUAUACUAUGAUCAGUAUAUCGUAAUAGUGCCAAACACCAUUCAGAAUGUUGGAAUUGCUUCUGGAGUCAUGUUGUGUAUUUCCUUGCUGCUUAUUCCCAAUCUGCUCUGCUCCUUGUGGGUAACUUUUGCUAUUGCUUCUGUUAUUGUUGGUGUUACUGGUUUCAUGACAUACUGGGAUGUUAAUCUUGAUUCCAUAUCUAUGAUUAACCUUGUCAUUUGCAUCGGAUUUUCAGUAGAUUUUUCUGCUCAUAUAUCUUAUGCAUUUGUUUCAAGUGAAAAGUCAACUAUGAAUGAGAAGGCAGUUGAUGCACUGUAUCUUCUUGGCUACCCAGUGUUACAAGGUGCUCUCUCCACUAUAUUAGGAGUAAUUGUGCUGUCUGCAGCACAAGCUUACAUCUUCAGAACAUUUUUUAAGAUUAUGUUUCUCGUUAUCUUGUUUGGAGCUGUUCAUGGUCUUGUUUUUAUUCCAGUAUUUUUAACAUUUUUUGGAAUUUGUGGCAGAUCAACAAACAAAAGAGUAAAUAUCAAAACAAUAGGAGAAGACAGCAACUCCUUUAGUAACACACAAAAUCCAAAUAAUGUUAGGUGUUAUGAAAACCAGAUUGCCAGUAAUGGAGACAGUUUUCUAGAAGACAAUAUUAUUAGACAACCAAAUGAUAUAGGAAUGGAAAAGCCAAACAGUGGCUACCUCCACUCCAAUUUCUUUCCAGUUUCACAAAAUCAUGACAGCAAUUCUUUCCUCUAUCAGAAUAAUGCAGUAAUGGUUUACCAAAAACAAAUCAAACAGCUUCAUGAUGAAGGUAAAAUAAAUCCAGAUUGCCCAUAAAUGUAUUUACAAUUUAAAAUACAGCAUAUGAGCCAAAAAGUACAUGUUGUAGGUUUCAAAACAUUAAUCACCAGACUUAAAUUUAUAUUGUAUGAAAAUGUCAGUUUUCUACUGUUCAGGUUUAACACUUAAUGGGAGUAGCUCGAAGCCCACUAGGGAACUUUUAAUGCACCAUAGUGGGGUCCAUGUGGACAGUUACUGCACAGCAUGCAAGUGUGCAGUAGAUUUAUACCAGUUUGCCAUGCACAAACUGUUCAUCUAGAUAAGCACUUAGAUCAUUAGAGAAAAUGUGUGGGUCAGGUAAAAUGAUAUCACAAAAUUAAAAGAUUACCAAACAAAAACACUUUGUUAAAAUACAUUUAAAGUUAAAAAAGUGUUUCAAUAGAGUCCAGAUAAAACCCUUCCAAAACGACACUUUCCUUUACCAAAAUGCUACAGAAAAUAUUAAGACGUUUGGAGAUCAUUAAUUAAGAGCGCCACCUAGUUCCAUACUGCUGUGUAAUAUUUUGUCACUUAUUAUAAUCCCACUUUACAUAAUCCAGUUACCAACCUUAAAUUUUCCACUCUGCUGUAUUCUCUGAAGGCUAUAUGUUCUUGGGUGUAUUCUGUUGAUUUUAUAUAUUCUGUGUUAAAUGACCAGUAAAUAUUUCAAAAGAAAUAUAAUCCAGGGCAUGUUAAGUUGUGCCAGCAUUAUUUGGGCUUUCUCAUAGUGUUCUUUCUUAUGAAAUUUAAAUGUAGGGCGCCCUAUAUUACCAUGGAAGCAGACAGAUUUUUAAAGUGGUUGAUUGAAAACCAGGCCUAGGAGCAGCAGCAGCACUUAAGUACUACAGCAACUGGCAACUCAGGAACAGUUGCACCCCAGCAGAAGCACCCCAGCAGAAGCACCCCAGGACCUCCAACUGGAGAAAACGCAGUAGAUUGGAUGGACAUACAGAUGCUGGUUUCAGAGUGAAAUGUGUUCUCCAGGGACACAGUCGAGGUCAGCACGCAAUGGUUUUGGGAUCUCUGGUAGUGGUGGCUAAAACUUGAGAUCCACUCUUCUGCAGGACCUGUUUAGUUAUUGGUGGUGGAACAAUUUAGAAAGAUUCUGCCAGGCAGGCCAGGAGAAUGGAGCUGUUGGUGUCAUACCGAACAGAUAGUUGCAGAUGUGCAUCUCGUGGAAGACGAUAUGGCAGCUGAACCCCUCCCAGGGAAUAGCAUUUCCUCAAGGGAAAGGUGCAGGAUCUCUUUUGUAACUGCGGAGCCAACUGAUUUGACCUGCCUACAGGAGAGGUUGUAGUGAAUUGAAGGCCUAUAUACUAUUAUCCUGGCUGUGGAUGCAGCAUGUAGAGUUGAAAUUGUAGGCUCAGUGGUGUUCUGGGUUAGGUUGAGGGAGGCUGGGGAGAUGUUGUUAUCACCAGUCCAUGUGACAUUUGAAUCAGCUCACCAUGUGGGUGUGCUCUUUUUGAGAUCAGGUGUGUGCCAGAUUUUGGGCAAGCAGCUGAUGUUAACUCCACAAAAGGUGGCUGGGACUCUGCAAGUAUCCCUAAUUAAUGUGUGUCAGGGUAUGCCUCAUUCCAUGAAGGGCACAAGUUGCUCCAUGCUGUGCAAGUGCCCCUAUUUUUCCUGAUGUGUGCCAGCUGCCUAUUUAUCCAUGAGGCAUUCCUUUUUUAUUCCUUUCAAGGUCUACAAAUCCUCUUCAUAGAAGCUCAAGAGAGGAGAUCAUCUCUUGUCAGUUCUUCAAGGGAAGUCUGGGGGUGGGGGCGAGUUCUGCAGAGCCAGACUGGCCAGUCACAUCUAGUUGUGAUAGGGACAAAGAGGAAGAUUGUUCCUCCAGUGAGGGCAGAUUGCCGUCAGAUGAGUUUUGUGGUGAUGGUGUUCUUGGGUAGCAGUGACAGACUGGCAGCCCACUUCCCUCCCUUUGGGCCAUCACAAGUGUUGGGGAAGAAAGCGGAGGAGACUGGAAGUGGGAUGGAAGCUCUGAUGUUACAACCAUCAUUCUGACAGUAUUUACUUCCUCCACAUAUACCUGAGAGUCUGCACACCUGGGUAUUUGGCUGGAGGUCUCCUGAAAGGCCCUGACCCUUGAGAGAGGAUUUGCUGUUUCUGUGAUAUUUGAGAAGCUAUGGAUAAAUAUUAAAUGUGCAUUAAUAUUAGAGAGCAGACAAAAACUACUAACCACAUUGUGGAGAGCUGUCUGUCCUGGCAGCUGGAGUAUGAAGUUGUGAUUCUAAAUGCCCACUGGCAGAGGGCCCACUAUACUAUAAAUCAUAUCAGGGAAGACACACUCACUACCCCCAACACACCAUUGUCAUAAUAUGAAUCCAAAAGGUAUCUUAUAAGGUAUUGUAUGUAAACCAGUGAUGUGCAGGUCAGGAAUAUCAUUGUGUGAUGUAUGUGUGGGUUCUCUAUAAACAGUUAUGUAAAUGUGCCCCAAAUAUGUUCUUAAAAUGUAUUUUGGAGGCAGUGCAAAAAUCAAGCCUGCCUUAUACAAAGGAAUGUGGAUUUACCUGUCUGGCCCACUUGAUUCCAGGCAGAGGACAAGGAAAGCACAGUAACAUAUGAGGUAAACAAAGCAUACAAGCUAACAAGCGGUGGAGAAAACAGUUUAGUGACCACAUGGAGGGCAGAGUCUGCACUCUGAGGAAGUCUUCCUGGCUUUUGAGACAAAGACCAUGGAGUUUGGAAAAUAAAAGGAGAAUAAAAA